CUCCCCCAAAUUCGCAGGCUAUUGUCCCCUCAUUCUCCUUCUUCCUUCUCUCGACAGACACCCUCCAACUUCACAAUCACAAGUCCUUGGUCUCCCUAAUUUUUUUUCUUUUUCCACCUCCAAUAAUAAAUAUUAGGGCAUUAUUAAGCAUUAAAAAUCACAAACAUAAUUAUAAUAAUACUAAUUUAAUUAUUGGAUGGAUGAUGGUUAGGACUUAGGACCUUAGGUCCUCCAUCUCUCCCUCUCUCUGCAAACAUCGAGGAUCGUCUACAUGUAAUCCUACAUUAACUAACAUAAACCCUCUCGAUCUCUCUCUCCUUAACCAUGUCUCGGGAACAACCCUCGCCUUCACCGAUCUCCCAAAGCGACGCCCAAACUCCUCUAAACGACGACGCCCAAGCCCAAUCCCAAACCCCGCCUGUUAACAGGAGCAAUCGGCCGUCGCGAGCUUGUACAAUACGGGCGGCGGCGAGGCUGCAACAGCAGGCGGUGAUCGAGCGGAAGCAGAAGCCGAAGAAGCAGGAACAGCAACAGCAGUUAGAUAAGUCUUCGGUGCAGCAGAAAGAGCAAUGCAGUGGUGGAAGUAGCAAGAUCGUGACGCAGCUGGUGGCCCCUCCUGAGCCGGCACAGUUGCCGAGGUGGAGCCUCCGCUCCAUGUGGGAAUUAGCUUCAGUACUCCAUUUUUUAAAUGUAUUUAGGCAUCUAUUGAAUAUAACAGUGGAGUUCUCAGCUGAGGAGUUUGAGACAGCUUUGAUUACACCUAAUGAUACUUUGGGGGAUAUUCAUAUGCCUUUGUUAAAGGCAAUCCCCCCUGUUACCAGAAUGGCCCUUACACGAGAUACUUGGGUUACUGUUUUGUGCAGAAAAUUAAGAGACUGGUGGCACUGGGUUGCAGAUGGGGAACUUCCCUUGGUUGCUUCACAUGGGGUGGAGGUUGAAGUGUAUAAAACACUUGAUCCUAGUGUCCGUGUGGUGAUACUGAAAGCAUUAUGUGACAUUCGUGUUGAGCAAGAAGAUAUACGGAAUUACAUUGACAACUCCCUCAAGCAUGGCAUUCAACUUUCAUUAUUUCGAAAGGAACGUAUUGGAGGUGAUUCACAAGGAAUUAAUUACUGGUAUGAAGAUGAUCCAACAAUUGGUCAAAGGUUAUACCGGGAAAUAAGAAAAACUGAGGUGAAGGCUAAAGCAAAGGCAAAGGGAUCUCAAAUCAUCCCUAAUGUGACAUACCUGUGGGAGACAGUUGCAACAAAUUUCGAAGAAUUUCAAGAUGUUUCUGAGAAGCUUUUUAAUAGCAAAAAUAGAACAGAGGCUUCGUUGGGGAAGAAAUUAAAGAAUGACAUGCUCCCCGAGAUUGAGAAGGUUUACAAGAGGAAAGAGAGGUUGCUGAAAAAGCAACAUAGGCAGGCUUUACUUCUUGAUAAUUUCUUGAACAUGGAUGGACUUGCCCCAGGACGUUCACUCCGUGAUAGAAAGCCUGUUACAUAUACUUUUGAUGAUUAUGAUCGGUCAAUCAAUGAGGCUAUCAAAAUAACAAAGCGCAAACCACCAUCCCCAGAACCUGUUCACAGAAGAGAAGGUUUUGCUAAACCUGAAGCUUCUACAAAUGGUAAAUGGAGUGGUCCUUCACAUGCAUCACAACAUGGCACUUUCAGUGCUGCAUCUCCUAAUUCUCUUGAUUAUGAUGACAUGGAUGAAGACCAUAAAUCUGAAGCUUUGGACCGGAGCAACAGACGAAGACAGAGGCCUCAACGGUAUUCAGCAAAAGAGUUUGUUGAGGCAGUUUCAGAUAACGAGGCAGACUUUGACAGUGAUGAUGAUAUAGUUGGAGAAGCUGUCUAUGAUGACGAAUACUUGAGGAAACGUAAGCAGAGGAGGCUGUCUAGCAGCUCCGAAGGGGAUGAAGAGUAUCAGUGGGAUGAUGAAAAUGGUGAAGAGGAGGAGGAAGAUGAAGAAGAGGGUUCCUUGAGUAUCAGUGAGGAUAGUGAUGAGCCCCAAAAAUUCAAGAAAUUGCCAGGGCGUACACGCAGGGAAACAAAAUUAAGGUCUGUUGAUGAGAUCCAGUCAGGUCUUAGACGCAGUAGAAGAGCCACUCGGAACCAGAUUAAUUACCGACAAUAUGAGCUGUCCGAGUCAGAAACAGAGUCAAUAAAAUGCGAGAAAUCAAAUGCAUCAGAUGAGCACUCAGAUGCAAGUGAGAAUGGAGAGUAUUCAGCCAGAAGUCAAAGUGGAGAUUCUGAUGGCAAUGAUGAUGAGCAAAAUAUGAAAGUUGAUCAGCCUGUUGAAGGUGACACCGUGAUAGCACGGGAAGAGCAACAUCAGCCGCCUGAGGAAUCAAAUAACCCAGUCCAAGAAGAAGUUGAGGGUGUAAGAAAAAGACGUUUCCUUGAUCUCAAUGAACUUGCACCGGGUUCUGGUUUUGAUGAUAGUCCAAACACAGUAAUGAAAGAUGAAGAUAGAAAUGAUUUUUGAGGUUCACUCUCUAUUGGAAAAGAAGCUCAAUGUACGAUAGUAAAAUGUUAUUAAAUUUUGUGAUAAGCCUGUGGAGGAAAUUACCGUCUGGGUUCUUCCAUGGCAUAAGCUAAGCAACAACCUUAAUGCAAUUUGCAGCAAGGAGCAACUUGAUGCUGAGAGUUCUGUAGAUUAGGUAGAGUCAUUUUUUAGCAUGUCUACAUUCAUAGAAGCCUACAACGGGUCAAUGAGAGUUCACUGGGGUUACUUAUGCUAUCCAAUUAAUGUACAAUAACCUUAACUGAUAUUGUAGCUGAAAGAUUUGGCGUUUAGAUGUUCAGGCCCUAUAGUUUAAUCUUUCAUGAUCGUGGCUAUGAUCUGCCUCAUGAACAUUUUGGUUGGUUGUGUUGAUAAAAUGAUCAGGUCAGGCCAUUGUUUUCUGUAUGUGAUGGAUCAUCCUCCCUUGAAAGGUAAUUAUUGUAUCACUUUCCAAUUUAA